UGUGGUAUGAUGGAAUCUGAACUGGUGCAAGAUUCUGCUCCUCUCACUGCACAGGAAUUAUCUCCAACACUUAAUUGUAAACCAAACAUAUCAAGAACCUCAGAUCUCUCCCAGCAGGUGAAAACAAACAGUGCAAAUGUUCAAGAAGAUGCGCAGUCAAGACAACUCCAAGACAAACUUCUACAACUCGAAACGGAUAUUGAUCGAUUUAAAGCAGAAAAUACAACCUUAGCCAAACUAAAGGAGAAACAAGCGAUAGCCAUGGAAAAUCUCAGAAAACGAAUGGAUCAGUUUGAACAUGAGAAGACUGAAAAGAUCGUUCGACUAGAAGUGUACAAGAAGGAGGAACUGAAGAAGUUAAAUGAAGAAAGAAUGGUGUCUGAAAAAAACUCACAAACCAAUGGUGCUUCUGAUAAGAGAGACCAUGAAGAAAUGGAGUUCUUGAAAAAGCAACUUGGCCAGCUCCAGGAAGACUUAAAAAAAACCGAAUCGAAAUGGUCUCUUGCACACAACUGCCUUCACAACAAGAUUGAUUCAUUGACCAAAGAAAACUUUGAACUGCGAGAUGAGUUGAAGGUUGUUGAAUGUCAUCAGCAGGAGUCUGUAAAAAGAAAUGAGACCCCCAGCCUAAUCAGCAGCAAGUUUAAAACACUGGUGGCCGAUGCCAUUAUUAGAGGUACGUCACAAACAACUCAACAGAGCCAUGGAAGCUGUAGUACAACUCCAACUGGAAGGAGAAUGCCUCUUGAAAGAAGUCAGACCCCAGUGAAUACUGAACUGAAGCUUUCAGAAGAAAUGUUGAGGAUGGCUGAAGUGCAAAAAAGGCAAAUGCAAGAAAUCCAGGAGAGGCCUCCCAGCCAUUUAAGAAGCAGAAGUGCCACACCGACUGGACGGAAGACACCCUUUCAGGAUAGAUCAACAACUGACCCGAAGCAGAGUUUUCAACGGCCCACAUCAAAUCAUCAAAGAGGACUUGAGGGGAAGUUACACACAUCAAGCUUAAAUCAAAAUGUGUUCCAAAGAGCAAACUCUGCUCGAUGUGCAAAGGGUGUUCAGUCUUCCAAUGCAGGUAGCACGGCGGAUAACUCAUGCACGCAUUCACAAACAGUGGAGCACAUCUCGAUGGCUGGGUCCCAGGGCUACGUUGCUAAACAACAGGAAAUAAAGGCCACGGGUGCGACUGAGACACCGUCCAGAUUGCAAAAUAGACCUCCUUCAGGCUGCAGAAGUCGCAGUGCAACUCCAAGUGGGAGGAAGACACCUUUGGAUGGUAGACAAAUAGGCUUUGACCUUGAACAGAAGGUGUCACGGCCAAGUUCUGUUUUAUCAAGAAGAGAAAGUACUUGUUUUAAGAGUAAUGUGACACAAGAUGAUGUCAGAGAAGAAAUCCAAUAUCCAGAUGGCAAGUUGGAACAGUUCCUGACAAAUGGAAAUCGAAUGAUCACCUUUCGGAAUGGCACAAGAAAGGAGGUCAGUGGAGAUGGUCAGUCUGUCACCAUCACAUUCUUCAAUGGGGAUGUGAAACGAUUCAUGCCAGACCAAAAAGUGAUUUACUACUAUGCUGAUGCAAAGACUACUCACACUACCUUCCCAAACGGAAUAGAGAUGCUACAAUUCCCCAAUAAUCAGAUAGAAAAACAUUAUCCUGAUGGUAAGAAGGAAAUAAUAUUUCCAGACCAAACAGUGAAACAUCUCUUUCCUGAUGGUUAUGAAAAGAGCAUAUUCCCAGAUGGUACAGUUGUGCAUUUGCAAAAAAAUGGAGAUAAAAUUAUUGAAUUCACCAACGGGCAGAGGGAGAUCCACACGGUCCAAUACAAAAGGAGGGAGUAUCCUGAUGGCACCAUAAAGACUGUGUAUUCUAAUGGGCGCCAGGAAACAAAAUAUUCCACUGGUCGUGUUCGAAUAAAAGACAAAGAUGGAAAUAUCGUCUCAGAUAAAAAGUGACGCAAGACACUUCUGCUUGUAUGAUGGCAAAGAAUUGAGUAAGAUCAAGGAAAACAAAGUUCCAACAGAAUUGCAAAUUGUUGAGUUCCAAGGCAUACAAGCUACAAAUCCAAUCCUAUUUCAAAAUUAUAAGACAUGUAUUUACUACAAAGGAUUGAACACUCCUCUAGAAUCUGAGCCAUACCCACAUGUGCAUUACAACAUAGUUGCUAACUUGCAUGAAUUUUGUAUGCAGGGAAGGGAAUUUCAGCAAAAAUGAUGUAUGUACAGCUGAGUGUUUUACUGAUCUAACAGUACCACAUAUUGUCCGGAGCCUUACAUGAAGAUUA